AAGACACGCGUGCGCUGUAGCAUUCCCACUGAAUCGAUUCGUUCGUGAUCGCGAAUCGAUUCGUAUGAUCCACUGGAAAUAGUAAAAGAACGACUCGUUCGCACCGGAAAAAGGGAUAACAGCGGAGUUGUUUUUCACACACAACAUCUCGGCGAACGUGUUUCACGAAAAGUGAAGACUCUACUUGAUGCUUUCACAAUUCAAGGCUGGGUCACGGGUGGCCUUUGUUUGCAAAGUCCGUAUCGACGUAUGAUGCGAUUUUUCUAGUUAAUAUAUAUGUAUUUACAGCAUAUGUUAGGAGUGUAACAGCUCAUCGAUUCAAAUCUGCGCAUCAAGCAUAAGAAAGUGAGAGCAAAUCUUAAACAGCAAUGAGAUGACUUCACCGCAGAAUGAAAGUGCGAAAAAAGUCAAAUUAUACACUCCACUGGGGUUUAAGUCCACAGUCUGGAAAUAUUUCGGUUUCCGAAAAAAAGAGGGAAAAAUAGACAAAACGCACGCGACAUGUAACGAGUGUCAAAUGAACAUCAAAUAUCACAGUAACACGACGAACCUUGCAUCCCAUUUGAAAAGAAAACAUGGCCUCGACCUGGCAGCGACGGCUUCUGUAAAGGUACCUUCGCCUCAAGAAUCUCCCACAGUAUCAAAUAUUUUUCCACAAACGUUGAGCGCCAACUCGAAGAGAGCCUCCAGUAUAACUGGAGCAAUUUCGAAAUUUAUUGCCAAAGACCUGAGACCUUAUUCAGUCAUUGAAAAUGAUGGAUUUCGCGAGUUGAUACAUACUUUGGAGCCCAAGUACGUUAUGCCAUACAGACAGCAUUUUAGCGAGAAAUGCAUCCCUCGUUUGUUUGAACAAGUGAAAGACAGCGUAAAAGAAGACUUGGAUACAGCAGAGGGCUUUGCCAUUUCAACAGAUCGGUGGACGUCUUUAUCAACAGACUCGUAUGUAACAGUAACUUGUCACUUUAUUGACUCUGACUGGUGCUUGAAAAACUACGUGCUUCAGACCCGAGCUUUAAAUGAAGCGCACUCCGACAAAAACCUCGGGGCGCUGCUGAAAGAGACUUGCAUCGAGUGGGGGAUAGGCGGUAAAAAAACAGCGCUGGUCACGGACGACGCCAGUAACGCGUCCUUAGCUGGAAUCGAAGCGGACAUCUCCCCACGUAUAAUGUGCUUUGCGCAUACUGUGAACUCGGCAACACAGAAAGGUCUGAAAUGUGACAGCGCCGAACGUGUCCUGGACAAAGUGAGGCGCAUCGUGGCUUUUUUUCGUCGAAGCCCGACUGGCAGUGCAAUUUUGCUGGACAAACAAAAAUGCCUUGCAAUUCCUGAACAUCAGCUGAUCAGCGACGUCGUCACUCGCUGGAUCAGUACGUAUGACAUGCUGCAGAGAUUUCUCGAGCAGCAGUCUGCGGUGUGCGCGUCUUUACUGGAAAAACAACUGAGAAAAGUGUCGAGCGACUUGUACUCUUUGGAGCCGAACGACAUCACAGCUGCCGAGGAGAUCGUUAAGGUCUUGGAGCCGGUGAAAACUGCCGCUACCAUCAUGUGCGAUGAAAAUCAGCCCACACUAUCUGUGAUUGCGCCGCUUCUUGCUAAACUGUUGGACCACUUCAAAAUCUCAGAAGACGACUCUGCCAUUGUAAGAGAAAUGAAACAUGCAAUGGUCAAAGACCUGAGAGACAGCUUCUUAGAUCUGCAGCUGAUCCUAAAUAAAGCGACUGCUCUCGACCCCCGUUUUAAAAAGCUGCCUUAUUUGAGCCAGGAGGAGAGAGAGGCCACCUUUGAGAGCCUAAUAUCAGAAGCAGAAACUCUGUGGCAUAAAAAAGAUGCAUCAGAAAUUCAAGAACCAGUCAAGCAGACAUCUAAUGCUUCACCCCUUGACACGACCUCAGAAACCGUAUCCCAGCCUGAAGCACCGGGGGAAGAAUAUAUUUCUCCUCCAAAGAAGACAAAGACACUAACAGACCUCUUUGGUGAUGAUUUCUGUACUGCUGACCCCUACCAGUCUAUGAAGUCCUGCAGGCAAAUGGCCCAUGCAGAGGUUCUAAAGUAUAGAGAGACCAAAUCUCUGAUUCUGAGUGGUAAUGCACUGUACUGGUGGAAAGGCCACCAGUCUGAUUUCCCACUGCUGGCCAAGCUUGCAAAAACAUAUCUUUGUAUUCCUGGAACAAGUGUGCCCUCAGAGUGGGUAUUCAGCACUGCAGGGGACAUUUUGAAUUCACAACGAAGUGUUCUGUCUCCAGAGCAUAUGGAUCAGUUAAUUUUUUUGAAAAAGAAUCUCUGAAAGACCCAGCCACACAAAGCUUACUACACUAGUAUAGAACAAAACAAUAGACUGCAUUUUAUGUUGUUUAGGAAACCUGAAUUUCCCUGACAGAAUGAAUAAAGUAUCUGUAUAUCAAUACUUAUUCUGUAUAGUGGUAUUAUAGUCUAUCUAUUAUAUAGUGCCUUUCAUAUCUAUCUAUCUAUCUAUCUAUC